CUGCAGAGCUGCCCCCUGAUUGGCUGCACGAUCCCGGCUGGGCUAUAAAAGAGACCCGCGGCGCGGGCGGGGGAGACGCCGGAGGAUCCUGGCAGCAUCUUCCCCGGGAAAACGCCAAGUGCGCUCAAAGCAGGAGCCGCAGCUCCUCCCGCCGCGUUUCUUUCCUACCUGCGACUCCCGCACCGUCCAGACAAGAUGUGCAAAGGGCUCGCAGGACUGCCGGCUUCCUGCUUGAGGAGUGCGAAAGAUAUGAAGCAUCGGUUAGGCUUCCUGCUGCAGAAGUCCGAUUCCUGCGAACAUAAUUCUUCCCACAGCAAGAAGGACAAGGUGGUUAUUUGCCAGAGAGUGAGCCAAGAGGAAGUCAAGAAAUGGGCUGAAUCACUGGAAAACCUGAUUACCCAUGAAUGUGGACUGGCAGCUUUCAAAGCUUUCCUGAAGUCUGAAUACAGCGAGGAGAACAUCGAUUUUUGGAUCAGCUGUGAAGAGUACAAGAAAAUCAAAUCGCCAUCUAAACUAAGUCCCAAGGCCAAAAAGAUAUACAAUGAAUUCAUCUCAGUCCAGGCAACAAAAGAGGUGAACCUGGACUCGUGCACCAGGGAGGAGACAAGCAGGAACAUGCUGGAGCCCACGAUCACCUGCUUUGACGAAGCACAGAGGAAGAUUUUCAACCUAAUGGAGAAGGAUUCCUACCGCCGCUUCCUCAAGUCGCGAUUCUAUCUCGACCUGGCCCACCCUUCCAGCUGUGGGUCCGAGAAGCAGAAAGGAGCCAAGAGCUCUGCAGACUGUGCCCCCCUGGUCCCACAGUGUGCGUAACUCGCACCCGGAGGCAGGGGGCUCACACGCCAAGACUCUAUGCUCUGGGAAACCCGAGGCCAAACAUUGAUCUGUAUUAAGCUCCAGUGCUUUACCCACAUUGUAGCCUAACAUUCAUGCUGCUGCCAUGUGUGAGUCACUGCCGUCCAUAAACUAGAUUUAGUUUGGGUGUUCGAGCGUUCAUCAGGGCAGGACCCCAUUCUCAUCCAAUGUCCCCACGUUUCUUUUAGGGUGCCAUGUGAGCAAUUUCUCAAUAAUGGCCUCGUGGGUCUGGAUUUUCAAAGAUCGUUGGCAAUUCUCUCCUCCCAACAGUUUGACCUCAGAUGGGUUGAUGAGGACAUUUCGUGUGACAUCCACAUGCACAUGUAUUCCGUGAGCCAGCACUUUCUCCAGACUCCAGAUGUUUAGAGGAGGGUGACCUGUUAUAUGUAUGUUUGUGUGUGUCUGCAUAUAUUUUAUAGAUACAUACAGACAUACACACAUACAUUCUCUGUGUGUAUAUACAUAUCGAUGUUCUUGUAUACGUGUGUGUGAGUGUAAGAUGCAGGACUACCUGGGAAGGACCCUAGGUGCUCACAACUAGAGUGCAUGUGUUUACGUACAUACACAUCCGUUCUGAUCUCUGGUCUUUCAUACCGCAUUGGAACAGGGCAAACUGAACUCACUGCCAUGAGAGCUAAUAGAGAAAUGCUCACGUGUAGGAAGCUGAGUCUGCAAAACUCCAUGGGUCUUGCUGGAGAGGCAUCCAAGGGACGUCACGCUUAAUUUAACCACUGACAGCCUCCACCUUGAGCACUAUUCAGAGGAGCAAAUAUCAUAAAGACACAGAGCUUUCUUAGGCUGGUUAUCACGAACGGCACUUUUGAGUCCCUAAGCUGCUGGCCUUCCCUUCUCUGCCAGGGUGCUCAGGCCAUGCUUGUUGGCAACCAGGUUGGUACAGAGUUGGGAGACGGAUGCUCAAGCUGAAUGAAAAAAUGCAAUUAAGGCCUUGCCAGCUAUAUCUGCUGUAAGUUAUUAGCUGAGCAAGGGAACAGAAUUUAAAGAUCACUGUUCUUAUUUUCUAUCCUUUUUUUCUUCUCCUGAUUGAGGUGCUCUUCUCACUUUAUUUUUCUCUCCUGAGAACCUUAGCCAUCAGAUGAGGCUCCUUAGUUCAUGGUGGUUGGUUGGUUGUUUUUCUUUUUUUUCCCCCCAAAUGGCUCUAGGCUGUAUGCCUUUAUUUAUAAACCCGCACAGGGAAAAGAUUGUAUUUUAUAAGGGGGAAACAAGUUUUCACGAACUUGAAAAGCCCCUGUGCAUUUUCUCUUUCAAGGUAGAAGAAUCUUGUUAAUUUCAUCCCAAACAUCAGGACUAACCAAGGCCUAAGGCAUUUUUUUUCUCGGUUCUGAGACUAAAUGAGAGGGAAAAGAAAGGUUAAAAAAAAAAAAAAAAAGGAUACCCAAUGUUAAAACUACUGACUACUGUUUGGAACUUUUCAAGGCACAUGAAAUACUUGAAAAUUUCACGUUUAUGUUAUUUAUGAUGUUUUGUACAAUGUUCUUAUUAUUAUAUUGUUUUAUAAAUGGAGGUGCAGGAUAUCACCUGAAUUAUUAACGAAUGCCCAGGAAGUAAUUUUCUUCUCAUUCUUCUAAAACUAUUGCCUUUGAAAGGGCGCGCGCACACACACACACACACACACACACACACUACAUCUGUUGCUCCAGUAUAAGUCACAUGUAUGAGCAACCUUGUGGCUUUUAAGCCAAUGGACUGGGCUGCAAAAUGAAGACACCGGAGUAUGUGUGUGAGUCUCAUUGUAUUAAAGAUGUAGGUUUUCUGAUUGUACCUUUCUCGUCUCUCUGGCAGUCUUGCUCUUAAUGUCCCUGGAGGUCCUCAAGAGUGUCCCUUUCUGUGCCACACAGUCCCACAAUUUUGUCUCUAAUUGACUUCCAGUGUGAAACUUUAUUGAUCUCACCCUGUUCUAAUUGUCAUCAUUUUCAGAUUGUACCUGUACUCACGGACGGCUGUCUCACAGAUAGGUCUGGAAAGUCAUUCUGAAUGAGAAGUAAAUUAUUUUAUGUAAUACA